GCGGUUCAGUGAAGUGUCGCUCCAACGGGUCAAUGGGUAUCGCUGACAGGAAGUAGAUGGAUCCCGUGUUUACAACAGAGUACUCUCUAUGCUGGACAAAAAGUACAACUUUUUGACAGCGGUGUUACAUUCGCUUUAACUUCAAGGUUUGUUUUUGGAAAAACGCACGGUGUUUGAAUAAGACAAAACCGACUAGCAGCAGCAGCCUGAUUCCCCGCUGGGAGACACCUGCUGUUACCAGGAACAGGAGUUCAUACCGCGGCGUGACGCGAAUGUGGAAGUUAUUAUGGAAAUAAACGGAACAAUACGCGAACGUUAACUUAACGUUGAGGACACUACUAGUUUAUGAGAAGCUAAAAGUGAUCUAUAAUGUCUACCAUGGAGCGGUCGUAGAUCAAGUGGACUAAACGAUGUCUGUGAACGAGUUGUACACACAGCGGACUCGGGUGUGGAUCGCCGACUCUGAGGAUGUGUGGAAGCCGGCGGAGAUCACCAAAGACUACAAGGAGGGGGAGCCCAUCCUGCACCUCAGGCAGGAGGAUGAGACGCCCCUUGAGUACCGUAUCGGUCCGAAAGACCCCCUCCCCUUCCUACGAAACCCUGACAUCCUGGUGGGAGAGAAUGACCUCACGGCCCUCAGCUACCUGCACGAGCCGGCCGUCCUGCACAACCUCAAGGUCCGCUUCCUUGAGUCCAACCACAUCUACACCUACUGUGGGAUCGUGUUGGUGGCCAUCAACCCCUAUGAGCAGCUGGCCAUCUACGGCGAGGAGGUGAUCAAUGCCUACAGCGGGCAGAACAUGGGGGACAUGGACCCCCACAUAUUUGCGGUGGCGGAGGAGGCGUACAAGCAGAUGGCCAGGGACGAGCGCAACCAGUCCAUCAUCGUGAGCGGCGAGUCCGGCGCCGGGAAGACGGUGUCGGCCAAGUACGCCAUGCGCUUCUUCGCCACGGUGGGCGGGUCGGCGGGGAACACCAACGUGGAGGAGAAGGUCCUGGCCUCCAGUCCCAUCAUGGAGGCUAUCGGAAACGCCAAGACGACCCGCAACGACAACAGCAGUCGCUUCGGGAAGUACAUCCAGAUCGGUUUCGACCGGCAGUACCACAUCAUCGGGGCCAACAUGCGCACCUACCUGCUGGAGAAGUCCCGCGUGGUCUUUCAGGCCGAGGAUGAGAGGAACUACCACAUCUUUUAUCAGCUCUGUGCCUGCGCUAGUUUACCAGAGUUUAAAGACUUGGCCUUGUCGAGUGCAGAGGACUUUAUCUACACGUCGUUCGGGGAGAACAUCUUCAUAGAGGGAGUCAACGACGCGGUGGACUUUGAGAAGACCAAGGAAGCUUUCACCCUCCUGGGUGUGAAGGAGAACAUGCAGAGCAGCAUUAUUAAGAUCAUAGCUGCCAUCCUGCAUCUGGGCAACGUGGAGAUCUGCUCCGAGCGGGACGGGGACUCCUGCCACGUUUUGGGCGAAGACCGCCACCUGAAGCACUUCUGCCGCCUGCUGGGCGUGGAGCUGGAGCAGAUGGAGCACUGGCUGUGUCACCGGAAGCUGGUGACUUCGUCUGAGACCUACGUGAAGAACAUGUCCUGCAAGCAGGCCAGCAACGCCCGCGACGCCCUGGCCAAGCACAUCUACGCGCACAUGUUCGACUGGAUCGUGGAGCACGUCAACAAGGCGCUGCACACCACCGCCAAGCAGCGCUCCUUCAUCGGCGUGCUGGACAUCUACGGGUUCGAGACAUUUGAGAUCAACAGUUUUGAGCAGUUCUGCAUCAACUACGCCAAUGAGAAGCUGCAGCAACAGUUCAACUCGCACGUGUUCAAGCUAGAGCAGGAGGAGUACAUGAAGGAACAGAUUCCCUGGACCCUGAUAGACUUCUAUGACAACCAGCCGUGCAUAGACCUGAUCGAGGCCAAGCUGGGCAUCCUGGACCUGCUGGACGAAGAGUGCCGAGUGCCCAAGGGCACGGAUGAGAACUGGUGCCAGAAGCUGUACGGGAAGCACUCAGGAAGCGCUCACUUCCAGAAGCCACGCAUGUCCAACACCUCCUUCAUCAUCAUCCACUUCGCAGACAAGGUGGAGUACCAGUGUGAGGGCUUCCUGGAGAAGAACAGAGACACCGUGUACGAGGAACAGAUCAAUAUCCUGAAAGCUAGUAAGUUUCAGAUGGUGGCCGAUCUAUUCCUGGAGAAGAAGGAGUCCAGCUCUUCCACACCCGGUAGUAAAACCUCCAGGAUUAACGUGAGGUCCGCCAAGACCGUCCCGAAGACCCCCAACAAGGAGCACAGGAAGACAGUAGGCCACCAGUUCCGGAGCUCCCUCCAGCUCCUCAUGGAGACUCUGAACGCCACCACGCCUCACUACGUGCGCUGCAUCAAGCCCAACGACGAGAAGAUGUCCUUCGUGUUCGACUCCAAGCGAGCGGUUCAACAGCUGAGGGCAUGUGGAGUCCUGGAGACCAUUCGCAUCAGUGCUGCUGGUUACCCGUCAAGAUGGACGUACCAAGACUUCUUCAACAGAUACCGGGUGCUCAUGAAGAGGGCGGACAUGACCAAUUCCGACAAGAAGCUUGUGUGUCGGAACCUGCUGGCGACCCUGAUCAAGGACGAGGACAAGUUCCAGUUCGGCAAGACGAAGAUCUUCUUCCGGGCGGGCCAGGUGGCGUACCUGGAGAAGCUGCGGGCGGACAAGUUCCGCUCGGCGUGCAUCAAGAUCCAGAAGACGGUGCGCGGCUGGCUCCAGCGGCUCCGCUACCGCAAGAUCCGCCGCUCUGCAGUGCUGCUGCAGAGAUACGGCCGCGGCUACAUGGCCCGCAGGUACGCCGAGCAGCUGAGGCUGACGCGGGCGGCGGUCAUCUGCCAGAAGCAGUGCCGCAUGGUGAGAGACAGACGGGCCUUCCUGAGGGUGAGACGGGCAGUGGUCACCAUCCAGGCCUACACCCGGGGCAUGUACACCCGCAGGAUCUUCAAGGAGUUCCUCCUGCACCACAAGGCCAUGGUGAUCCAGAAGAACGUGCGCGGCUGGCUGGCCCGGAAGAAGUUCCGGCGGGCGCGCGACGCGGCCGUCACCAUCCAGUGCGCCGUGCGCUGCAUGCGGGCCAAGCGGCUCACCAAGCAGCUGAAGAUCGACGCCCGCUCGGCCCAGCACCUGAAGAAGCUCAACUCGGGCAUGGAGAACAAGAUCGUGCAGCUCCAGAGGAAGAUGGACGACCAGUCCAAGGACCUCAAGACCCAGAACGAGCAGCUGCUGUCCCACAACAAUAACCUGGGGUCGGAGGUCGGCAAGCUGCAGAAGGAGCUGCAGCAGGUCCGCCUCCGCCACGGCGACGGCAACCAACUGACCUCCCUGCAGGAGGAGCUGGCCCGGCUGAGGGCGGAGCUAAAGGAGUCACAUGACUUGAACCAGAGGCAGGAGGCGGAGCACGGCAGCGAGAAGCUGGUCCUGACUCAGCGAGUGGAGGAGUUGGAGAAGGAGAACCACCUGCUGAAGAGCGAUAAGGAGCAGAUGAACCACAAGCUGCUGCAGCACUCCAAGAGCACUGAAGACCAGGAGAGCAGCGCCUCCCAGAGGGAGACGGACCUCCAGAAGGACCUGGACCAGGAGAGACUCCGCUACCAGAACCUCCUGAAGGAGUUCUCCAGGAUGGAGCAGCGCUUCGACAACCUGGAGGAGGAGGUGGCGCUCACCAAGCGGGGCCACAGGAGAAACCCGUCCAACGUGAGCAGCCUGGAGUCUGACUCCAACUACCCCUCCAUCUCCACCUCGGAGGUGGGCGACGCGGAGGACGCCAUUCAGAUGGUGGAGGACAUUGGCGUGGAGAAGGCAGCGAUGGACAUCAGCAUCUUCAUGAAGCUGCAGAAGCGCGUGCGGGAGCUGGAACUAGAGAGGAAGAGGUUGCAGGCCCACAUAGACAAGAUGGAGGAGCUUGCCAAGAGCAAGGUCACGGAGAGAAGGAACUUGACAUCCCAGGAUGAAGUCGCAGAUCUGGCCUACAACAGUUUGAAGAGGCAAGAGCUGGAAUCGGAGAACAAGAAGCUGAAGAACGACCUGAACGAGAUGAGGAGGACCGUCAGCGACCGGGUCUCCGACGACAGCUCGUCCAAUGAGCUUCAGGAGAGCUACAAGCUGCUGCUCACCCAGCUGAAAGCGGCCAAUGAGGAGCUGGAUAUGCGCAAGGAGGAGGUGCUUCUGCUCAGAACCAAGAUAGUCAGUGGCCCACAGCAAAAUGGACUUGUUGACAGUGAAAAGGUGAGCAGCAUCGAGGCUGAGGUGAACAACAAGAAACCUCCCAAAGAUAAGGAGGAGGCGCUGAAGGCCUACCAGGAGGUGUCUGAGUCCAAGAGCUUCUCUGAGGACUGGGCUCAUUUGAACGAAGACGGGGAGCUGGGCUUGGCCUACCUGGGGCUGAAAGAAGUAGCCAGGGUGCUGGAGGCCCAGGUGCAGAGCCUGUCCCGGCAGCAUAAGGACGAGCUGGAGGCCCUGCACACCCAGAUCGAGGUGCUGCGCGGCGACCUGGAGAAGAAGACGGAGGCGCUGAACCACACCAUGUCCCUGUCCCCCGAGGCCCAGGUGGAGUACAGCGUGCAGCAGGAGAUCACCCGGCUCACCAACGACAACCUGGACCUGAAGGAGCUGGUGGAGAAGCUGGAGAAGAAUGAGAGGAAGUUGAAGAAGCAGCUCAGGAUCUACAUGAAGAAGAUCCAGGAACUUGAGGUGUCCCCUGUGACGCCGGUGGACUCGCGGUCGCGGCCCGAGCUCAGCCGCCAGGUGACGGUGCAGCGCCGGGAGAAGGACUUUGAGGGCAUGCUGGAGUACUGCAAGGAGGACGAGGCCCUGCUGCUCAAGGCCCUCAUCGCCGAGAUCCGCCCCAGCUCCGUGUCGGCGACGGUGCCCUGCCUCCCGGCCUACAUCCUGUUCAUGUGCAUCCGCCACGCCGACUACGUCAACGACGACGAGAAGGUGGAGUCCCUGCUCACUUCCACCAUCAACGCCAUCAAGAAGGUCCUCAAGAAAAACGUCAACGACUUUGAGAUGGUGUCCUUCUGGCUGGCCAACACUAGCCGCCUGCUGCACUGCCUGAAGCAAUACAGCGGCGAUGAGGCGUUCAUGACCCAGAACACGGGCAAGCAGAACGAGCACUGCCUGAAGAACUUUGACCUGGCCGAGUACCGGCAGGUGCUGAGCGACCUCUCCAUCCAGAUCUACCAGCAGCUCAUCAAGGUGGCCGAGGGCAUCAUGCAGCCCAUGAUCGUGUCGGCCAUGCUGGAGAGCGAGAGCAUCCCCAGCCUGUCCGGGGUGAAGCCCAUGGGCUACCGGAACCGCUCGUCCAGCAUGGACCACGACGGCAACGGGCCCAGCACCUACACCCUGGGCGCGCUGAUCCGCCAGCUGGGCCAGUUCCACAGCGUGAUGGGUGAGCACGGCCUGGACCCCGAGAUCGUCAGCCAGGUGGUCCGGCAGCUGUUCCACUGCAUCAACGCCUUCACCCUCAACAACCUGCUGCUGCGCAAGGACGUGUGCUCGUGGAGCACCGGCAUGCAGCUCAGGUACAACAUCAGCCAGAUGGAGGAGUGGCUGCGGGCCAACAACCUGCAGCAGAGCAAGGCGGCGCCCACGCUGGAGCCCAUCAUCCAGGCCGCCCAGCUGCUGCAGGUCAAGAAGAAGACGUCCCAGGACGCCGAGGCCAUCUGCGCCCUCUGCACCGCACUCACCAUGCAGCAGAUUGUGAAGAUUCUGAACCUGUACACUCCGCUGAACGAGUUUGAGGAGCGGGUCACCGUCUCCUUCAUCCGAAACAUUCAGAGUAACCUCCAGGAGAGGAACGACGCGCCCACGCUGCUGGUAGACACCAAGCACACCUUCCCGGUGCUCUUCCCCUACACGCCCUCCGCCCUCAGCCUGGAGACCCUGCACAUCCCCGCCUCCCUGGGGCUGGGCUUCCUGGUCAGGGUGUAGCACCCCCAACCCUCCCGUCCACAGGGGGGUGGGGGGGGGGGGAUGGGGGGAGGCACCCACAUGAACCUUGUGGUUGUUGUCAUUGUUGUUCCGAUCGAUUUGAUGUGUCUUUCCGCGUAUUCCCGAUUUUUUUCGCGAUCUGAUUUUCACCCGGCGAUCAUCGCCGCGCCCGGUCAUUGCGUAAUCAUGACCUGUGGUUGUGUCUUCCUUGAGGGGUGUGUCGGAACGAAGGCAACCUGGCUGUGGUGUCAUCGUAAAAAAAAUAAUAAUACUGUAAUGCUGUCUUAUUUUAAUUGCCUUGUUUUUUCUCUGUACACGUUUUUGCACUUAAAGUGGCAGUGAGACAGAUAUAUGUGUAUAUAUUGAAAAAUCAUAAACUGUAAUGAAUCAAUUUGCAGGACUUUAAACGCAAGUGUUGAAAGCACCUCGUGCCACAGACCCCACUGUAAGCAGUGCAAGGAAACCCUCCUCGAUCGACUUGUUUCACAAUCUAUCACCCCUGGCUCUAGGGGCUGAUGCCCCGCCCAUGUUUGUCAUCUACGCCCACUGUAAAGUACAUGCUGUCCUGAACUCUCCUGUAGCUUGUAUGCGGGCAAUUCAUCAUCGAUUUCUACACCUUAUAGUAAGUAAGUGUAGUUGGGGGGAUUCAACGGAGAAGAGGGGACCUUCAUGUCUGGGGUUACAGCGUUGCGUUAUGUUUGAAGGUAUAUUGGCCAUGCUGGAGAGCGAGUUUCAUGAUGGGUUGGGUAUUGCUGUUCGUUGGGGCAGUGUGCAAACAACUUUAUGGGCCCCUAUUUCUUUUAUUUUUAUUGAGGAUAAGAAAUGUUGGGAUCUUAUCAAUUUGUGAUUUCACAAGUGGGAGUGAUGUCAACCCAGAUGUAUAAUGUGUAAGAUCCACUUCUCCGUUCCUUGUGCUACGUACAAACUGGCAGACAAAAUCCUUCUGUCAAAUCUUCUGGGUCGACACUUGUGACAUCACAAAUGGAAUCAAUUAUGCUUCUUAUAAAUCAAUCAACCAUCCUCACAGCUGUUUGCAAAGUAAGGGCACUUCAAAUAGCGGGCUGUGUUGAUGAUGGCAACUUGAGAGAGGAGGUUGAGGGGGUAAUUGUGAGAGAAAUGGCCUGAUAUAAAUGUUUUAACUAGGUACAGUUCAAGUAAAUGGUACAGCUAGAGACAGACCUAAUCAUUAAUCCAGAGGAAUUUGAAAGGAGUAGGUCCAUUGUGUCCAAGGGACAUAUUAAUAAAAAGUGGAUAGAUGUAUGUUGAAGGUGAACAAAGUAAUCUUUUUUAAAUAGUAAUUGUCCACAUGGUUGUGAUGUUAACCAGCAAGUCAAACACAAAGCAACAUCUCACUCCUAAUUUCUUUCUUUCGCCACCAGGGCUGUACUAGCUUUGCCUUCGUCUUUGGUUCAGAGUUACGUUCUCCGUCCAAUGCCAAUGUUUACAGCCGGAUUUCCUUACUGUGUACCUUCUUUUUUUUUUUUUUUUUUAAUACCUUGUAAUUUGAUUUGACCGUUUUUGUCAAUAUCGAGUUUGAGAUGAUUGAGGAUUUUUGUGUUGAUAGAACUUAUACAUUUGUGUCCUCUGCUGCCCUCUGCUGUCUGAAAAUGGAAUUGAAGCACAGCGACAUCAGAGGUAGGCUAAUACAAAUUGUCUGUAGCAAAUGCUGGUAGGAGGGUGUUAAUUUCUUCGUCAGUCGUUUUUCGUCCUAUUAAAAUAUCCGUUUCACUGGCCUUUCACAAUCACAUUUCAGUGAUUACAAAAUAAAUAAUUUAAAAAUUUGGAAUUGUUUUUUUCUAUUCUUUAUAUCCAACUCUUAAUUUAAAAAAGAAGUGCAAACAUUUAUCGAUGUCUUUCUAAAAUCAUUUUAUUUGAAAAUGUGAAUGAAAGAGUCAAUCAAAUUUAAUUGUCCAGUAGUUUAGAAUAUAUUGUUUUUCUUCAGAAUUCUUGGUAAACUAUAAUUUCAACAAUUGACAUGCUAUCCUUUUACUUUUACGAGCAAUAAUUGUCUUAAAAAAAUUAUUGAAGGUUCUCAGAGUUCUUGAAAUUCAGCUAAUUGGAGGGGAGGAGAAUGUAAAGGUUAUUUCAAUUUAAAAAUAUUCUCGAAAUGUAUUUUUUUAAUAUCUGUCUGUUCUAAUUCCAUAUUGUGAUUCCCGAUUUCUUUAAUCGGUUAAAUAAAAUGCAUUGAUGGUUUGAGAAUAA